AUGAUUGUGUCAGGAAGUACAGGAUCUGGUAAAUCAGAAUGGGUAAAAAAGCUUUUGAAUAAUCUAAAAGAAAUGACAAAUGAAAAAAUUUCAAUGAUUCUUUAUUGUUAUGGGGAGUUGAAUUCAAAUAUAUUACAAAUGCAGCGUAAAGGUUCGGUGGGAGAUAUAGGUGUUACUGUUCAUUCUGGAAUGCCGAGCGAAGAUUUUAUUGAAAGGCAGGCCAAUGGACUGUUACUUAUACUUGACGAUUUAAUGGUUGGAAUUGAUCAAACUAUAUUGGAAACAAUAUUCACAAGGGGGUCCCAUAACUGGAAAAUGAGUGUUAUACUGUUAACGCAACAUUUAUUUUGCAAAGAAUUAAGAAUCCCGCGUAAUAAUUCACAUUAUUUGGUCUUAAUGAGGAAUCCCGCUGGCUCUCUACAGAUUAAAAACCUUGCUACCCAAUUAUUCCCCUCGCGGUCAAAAUAUUUUUUAGAAUCAUAUGCCGACGCGACAAAGGAAAUGUUCGGUUAUCUAUUAGUUGAUCUUCACCCAAGUACCCCAGAAAAGCUUCGUCUCAGGACACAUAUAUACAAUGAAAGGGAAACAAUAGUUUAUGUUCCAAAAUGA